GGACACAUGAGCGGAGGGAGCGGUUCCUUUAAGAGUGCCGCCGCCGCCAUGAUCUGCUUGGUGCUGGCGGUCUUCGCCAGCGUCUUCCACAGCGCCCGCUGCGGUGUCGCCGAGCGCACCUUCAUCGCCAUCAAACCGGACGGCGUCCAGCGGCACCUGGUGGGGGAGAUCGUGCGGCGCUUCGAGAGGAAGGGCUUCAAGCUGGUGGGGCUGAAGCUGCUGCAGGCCUCGGAGGAGCUGCUGAAGGAGCACUACAUCGCCCUGCAGGACCGGCCCUUCUAUGGCCGCCUGGUGAAGUACAUGAGCUCGGGGCCUGUGGUGGCCAUGGUGUGGCAGGGCCUGGAUGUGGUCAGGAUGGCACGCGCAAUGAUCGGAGAGACCAACCCGGCUGAGUCCAGGCCUGGUACCAUCCGAGGAGACUUCUGCAUUGAAGUUGGCAAGAAUGUGAUUCAUGGCAGUGAUUCUGUUGAGAGUGCCCAGAAGGAGAUCUCCCUGUGGUUUCGCCCAGAGGAGCUGACGUGCUGGGAGGAUGCAUCUGAACGAUGGAUCUAUGAGUGAUGAGACAGCCUGAGGGAAGUACACCUUCCUAACUCGGGCACGGGGCAUUUUCAUUAGUUCCAUUUUGGCCCCUCAGGCUGGCUGUGGAUUCUACUGUGGUAUCACAUGCUGGGAGUUUCUCUUUUGUGUGUCUGUGGAGGGGUCCUGGGAGCUGGUCUUUGUGCUUGUAACACAGCAGUUCAGCUCCCCACAAUAGUAGCUUCCCCCUCCCCCCCCCCCCCCAUCUCCUGUAGUAAGUGGUUAGUGUUGCUGCUCAGUUUGCCACAGCAUCCCCAUAUCCUUAAGUGGCUAAAGGUGAUUUAUGAAGGAGAGUGAAAGCUGGGCUCUGUGCCUGUCACUGUGCUAGCAGGCCUACCAGGCACAGAGGGACACGUGUUCCUUGCCCUGGGGAGGUACACUGAUCACUGCAGGGUACAAUCACAGUCUUCCACUUGCAUUUUGGUGCAGUCCCUCCCCAGAGGCUUUUAAAGAAGUGAGCUGCUGUGGUACAAAGUGGAAAGUGCAGAGGCUGGUGACCAAGGCGGACCCAGCCUGGUGGUACUUGUCACUUUAAUGUGUCCCUUGUGUGCAGGGCAGAAGCAACCUCUGGAGGAGGAGGCUCAGAUGACCUUAGUUAGGCUCCUGCUGCGAGCUGUUCACUUCUGGAGGCUUCCUGACUUUCUGUGACAGCAAGGCCUGUCACUAGAGAGGCUCAGAGCCACUUGCUUGAAUGUGUUCCUCUGUCCUUUUCUCCUGAGUCCUGUUUUUGCCUGCUGUCCCUUUGUUUUCACAGCACCAUCCAUUUCAUUAAGCUGUUUCUGAGCCCUCUGCAUAGCCUGCCAAAAUAUAAAGGCAGUGACUGUGGCACUAUAUUCUGCUGUGGAGCAGGGGUCUGGUGAAACCUGAGGGAACAAGGGUUUUGUUGCAUGUAGAUUGAGAUACUUUGCUCAUGUUCUCCAAGCUCAUCUUUCUCUUGAGCUAGAAAGAUUUGUAUCUGCUGGGGAAUGAGUGCAGUUCCCCAGCUCCCGCUUCUACCUGCAGGCUGGCCUGGGGUGGUGGGACUGAGCAGAGAAAUACCAGGAGUAACAGGGAGAAGGGACUUCUGUAACUGUGGCUUUCCUCUGCUGUCCAAUGGCAACACACAGCUUUUCUGAUAGCCAGAGAACCUCACGCCUUCAGGGCCUUCUCCAAAUGGUUGGUUACAGCUCUAAUCAUUGUUUGUUCCCAUAAGUCAUCCAUGUGUUUUUAUUUAUAAUAAACUCUGGAGAGUCCCAUCUCUUCUGGCUGUUUCUGGGGGAGCAGGAGGGUGGCUCUAGGUGAGCACUCACAGGAACGUGCCAGUUUUUCUGAUGGAACUGUGCUGCCUAGUGGCAGCUUUUCUUUAUUGCCCCAGAGAUGUACAGGCAUGGCAACUAAUGGGGAAGGAGCCACAGUUUGUCAAGAUAUUAAAAUAAUUUAGGAAGGUGAUUAUAAGGGGAACUUCUAUAAUGGUAUUCAGAUGAAUGACCGACAACUGGUAACUAGCAAAGGCAGUCUGCAGUCUUAUUCCUAACUUUCACUACUUUCCUAUUCUGUUGCCCCAUCUAUUGUUGCAUGCAUUUCUUAAGUUAUUUGACAAAAUAAACCUGAGCUUGUUUGAA